CUGUGCGAAACCGUGCAGGUAAGAUGGGGAUAUGGCAAGGAGAGGGGGGUAUGCAGAGGUGGAGGAGGAUGUGGACGAGGAGGACGACGAGGAUAGCGAGGACGCAGGGAGGAGGAGUCGAGAUGGGGGAGCAGAAGAGAUGGACGGAGGGAAAAGAGGGAGUGCAGUAGGAGGACGACGAGUGGGAGGAGGAGGAGACAUGGACGGUGAGGAAGGGGAGGACACGAGGAAGGGAAGGAGACGAGGAGGCAUGGAAGAUGGGGAAGUAGGAGGAGGAGGAGGAGACAAGGAGGAGGAGGAAGGGCAGGAGGAGGAGGACGAACAUGAGGAGGAGGAGGAGGAGAUGAAAAUGAGAAGGGAGGUGGAGACAUGGUGGAUGAGGAAGAAGAGGAGGAGCAAGGUGAAGGCGGCUCAUUGCUCCAUUGCCUCAUGUGAAGUUUGCACUGCCGUCUACAAAGCGGGUCAAACUGCUUUCAAGUCACCCGCUACUCACAUUCUUGCUUACGUCGUUUGUGCUUCGCCUGGCUCCGAAGACCAAGCCGCGUCAGCAGAGUACCACUCCAGCAAGAGUGGCACAUCAACAGAGUGCGAGGUAAGCAAGGUGUGCCAUGUCGGCGCGGUGCCAUAUUCCACCACACAAACGCAGGACUGCGACACAAGCGCUCCCAUCCAUGUCGACGCCUCACUUCUAUUGGAUAACACAUCAUCCCGACCGCGAGCUGCACCGGCACCAUCAUCAAUUGGAUUGACGACCAUCAGAACGCCUUUGGAUAUGCCGUGCGGAAUGCGUGACCGUGUAGAAAGUGUAGCAACUGAUAUCAACGACAACUGCACGCCGUGUGCAUCGGACUUGCCAUUGGGAGAUGUCCCGGCGGACGGUAGCCACGACUGCGACAUAGGAACAACGGGUGACACAUCCGAUGACGAUCACGCCGAGAUGGCUUCACUGCGCAGAUUUAUGACCUUCAGGGAUGCGAAAUUCGUUGGACAGAGAUCCCAGUGGCCUCCGGAGCUGUCAGACAGCGGACCAUCGACGGUGAUCCCCGCACAUGAUAGGCGCGGGAUACAUAGGCAACCGGCUUAUGAAUCCUCUGACCGUGAGGCGUUCUCAUCAGGCGAUGAUCUGGCCAGUCCUGAUGCUGCAAUGCGGACUACACCUCCCACACAACAAGCACUCAUGGGGGAUGUCAAACCGUUGGAAGUGGGAGGUCGUUAUGCGUCUAUCGAUGCGUUGUGUGACGCGGUGGUGUUCUGUGCUGUGGCAUUUGGUUUCGAGUUCCACCUCAAGAGAUCGAACAAGACACGGUACUAUGUCGCAUGUGCUCAACCAGAUUGCACAUGGACAUUGGAGGGCAAAGCAGCGCAUGCUGGUGGACCCGCGGAGAUUGUUCGUCUGACUCCACAUCGCCCUGGUUGUAGAAAACCAGUCCAGCCCGACAUGAAACGCAACAAACACGUGAAGCUAAGGUGGGUGGAGCUUAUGGUAGAGAAGAAGUUGCGAGAGGACAACGGAACGACUUCUACGAAGUUGAAGAAAUGGUUUGACAAGGCAGUGAAGACCCACGUCAGCUACAGCAAGUGUUUGCGAGCGAGAACAUCUGUGCUUCAGGCAUUGAACAGGCCUCCGGAGGAGGGGUUCAACGACUUGCGAAGGUACUGCAGGGUGUUGCAUGAAACAAACCCUGGGUCCAUCAUCGACCUUGAGUUGGACGGCCUCGAAGUAUAUGCGACAGAAGCGCAUGGCCAUGAGGGCCUGUAUGACGUGGACAACGCACAUGGAGAUGAACUCGAGACAGACAAAGGGGUGGGCAAAGACGAUGGCGAGGAGGGGGAUGACGAGGACGAGAGCGAGGGCAUGGAAGAGGACGACGGCGAGGAGUUCGACAAGGAUGACAACAAUGUCGAGGAGGGGGAAGAUGACGAAAACGAGGAGGGGGAGAAGGAGCAGAAUAAUGGCUCGAACGAGGAAGGGGAUGGGGAAGGCGAGGAUAACGACAACAAGGAUGGAGUGGGUGAAAAGGACGACGAGGUGGAGGUCGUGGAUCUUAGGGGUGCUGACGACGAUGACAAGGGGAGCGAAGAUGAAGAUCCGAAAACGACAGAGCAGGAAGCUCGAAAGGCGAAUCCUGUGAAUCAAGCACGACCUCAACGUAAAUGAAUACCCAACAGCUGAUAUGAAAGCUCUGGCAUUCUCGAUAACUGGGGUCGAAGGGUGCGUGCACGACGUU